UGGAGUACACAGAGCCCGCCUCUCAACGCCUACGGUCCGUCGCCAGCGCAAACGUUUGGUUUUGUUGUUGUUACUCGCAAGCUGCGGUGUUCGCAAAGCCCAUAGCCCUUGUAUAUAAACGUUAAUAAACUGAAGUAUUGAAUUUAUCUCGCCUUGUGAUUUGUUUUUUAAAUAGCUAACAAAAUUGCAUUUUCAACAUUUGGAGGCCCGACGAGAUCUUUAAAUUUCAUUUUGUGAAAAUUCUUUUGUGCAAAAGAAACAGUGCACAAAGAAGACAAAAGAAUCCCGCGAAAACAACUGUUACAUUAGUCUGGUUCCGCUUUAAGCUGGUCCUGAUAAAAUAUGGCACACAUCAAGGAAAUUCUUGGGCUGAAGAGGCUCGAGUCUGCGUCUGCUGUGGCAUAGCGGGACUUUUCGGACAAAAUUAUUGGGCAUAUGCGAGCGCUUCAGGCCUUGGGAGAUUGAAAACAAAUCUCAGGCAGCAUUGUGCAAAAAUUGGAUGCAGCAACGCAAGCUUACUGGGAGGAAAGCUUGUCAAUGGAUAGGAUUCCAAACGAGGAGGAUUUGCUCUCGUACCCUGAAGGGUGAUGCCAGAAACUGGAGAGCGUUCAGCAUGCAUUGACGUCUAACAUGGCCCAUGACCAUGUAGCUCCAAGGCCUGCCUUAAGGACGUUACUUAGUGCCCAAGUCAGCCAGAGUAGCUGCAUCUUUUGUGAUACUCCUGGUCAAGGAAUAUACUCCUGUGGCUCCUUCGCCGGUCUGUUUCCUAGUCUACGGCAAAGGGAAGUAAAACGACUUUACCUGUGCUUUAAUUGCCUAAAGAAGGGGCACCACACUCGAACUUGCAACUCCGGCCAUUGCCGCACAUGCGGUGGAAAACACCACACGCUGCUCCAUCUACGCCCUGAUGAUUCACCGUUGCAAGUUCCUGUUCAUCAAAUAAAUGCUUUAUGUUUCCCCGCACCCUCGCAGCCAUCUGCCGCUCUUGUGGCCCAAGGAUUUCAUUUUGAUUGGCCACCGCUUUAGUUCUUGUAAGGAACAGAGGCGGUUUCCUGGUUCCUUGCCGAGUCCUACUAGAUUCUGGAUCUCAACUACGCCUAAUUACAUCUCGCUUGGCCCAUGAGUUGCAGUUAACGAAAUAUCGGUCAGCAGCAACAGUAACUGGCCUUGGUGCUACAGCUGUUUCUUUGGAAGGAUCUACAGUCAACAUUUGCCUCCGGUCGCGUUCUUCUGAAUACUCUGCGGCUCAAACAGCGCUUGUUGUGCCAACGAUUACGGGCAGUCAGCCUAGUUACAUUAUUGAUAUCGCUCAUUGGAAUAUGCCGUCUAACAUACAGUUAGCUGACCCUGCAUUCAACUGUCCCCAGCGCGUUGGCCUGCUCCUUGGUGCUAGCCUAUUUUAUGACCUGUUAUGCGGGGGCCAAAUUUAUCUGAUUCAUGGAUUGCCUCUACUGCAGAAGACUAGUCUUGGAUGGAUCGUGACUGGCGGUGGAGAUAGGCUUCGCGGCGAUACAUCUCAAGGCUUGGCAAAUCGUAAUACCCUACAUCAUGUCCGCUUGGAGGAUCUGGUUGGGCAAUUUUGGGAAGUCGAAAAUUUGGACAGUGGCCAGCAAGGAAGAGCUAGAGUGUGAGGAUCAUUCCAUCAAAAGCUUCUAUCGUCUUCCCUCUGGCGCUUACUCCGUUCGCUCGUCAUUGAAGCCCCAUGCUAAAGCCCUUGGCGAUUCGUACACACAGGCACACCGGAGGUCUCUUAAUCUUGAACGCAAGCUGCAAAGGAAUCCCCAUUUGAAACAUAAAUACGAUGCCUUUAUUAAGAAAUACUUGGAGUUAAACCACUCUGGACAGUCAGCUCGAGGCUGUGGGCCUUUGCCGGAAUUUCGUGUCGCACCAUUGUGUUCUAAAGGAGGAUAGCACAACAACCAAGCUUCGCGUUGUUUUCGAUGGAUCGGCUUUAGCCUCAUCCGGACCGUCCCUUAAUGAUGUCCUUAUGGCUGGACCCGUUAUACAGCCAAGGCUGUUAAAUAUUUUGAUAAAAUUUCGUACUUAUCAGGUGGCCCUUACUGGAGGCAUUUGGAAGAUGUAUCGGUGCGUAAGGGUAACUACUUGCAAUUCAUUUUAUGGCGAGACGAACCGGACAAAGAGCCCGAAGUUUACAAACUGGAUACAGUGACUUACGGAACCAAGACUGCCUCAUUCCUAUCUGUUCGAGCAAUGCACCAGCUGGCCAUUGAUGAGAGGGAUUCCUUCCCUGCUGCCUCGAUACUUGCUCGAGGUGACUUCAAGUUACGAAAAUGGUGUUCCAGCCACUCCGAGGUUUUAAAGGAUGUGUCAGAUGAGGACAAGGAGAAGUAUUUGAAGUAUUUCAAGUUCGGCGAUGGCAGCGAUAUAACCAAAACUCUUGAUCUUGCAUGGGAUCCGGCAACAGACGAGGUGCUGUUCUCUUUAUCGUCUCUUGAUCCUGGCUCAAAGGCCUGCCGACGAUCGGUUCUGGCCACCAUUGCUCGUUUAUAUGUCCCGCUAGGCCUUCUUGGCCCAGUAGUCACAAAGGCCAAUGUGUUUCUUCAACAACUCUGCAAGGAUAAAUUGGAUUGGGAUGAGAGUUUGCCCUUAGCCCGUAACACCUUCUGGAUUGAAAUGUGCAUCCGUUUUCAGAGCGUCCAAAGCAUAUCAUUCCCAGGAUUCUUGCUUCUUUCAGAAACUGUUGUUGAAAUUCAUGGAUUCUGCGAUGUUAGCGAGGAAGCUUACGGAUCUUGCAUAUAUGUAUUGUCUAGAGGCACUUCUCCCAGCAGCCAUCUCUUAUGUUCCAAGUCCCGAGUAGCGCCUCUUAAAACGUUAUCUGUACCUAAGCUGGACUUAUUCGGCGCCAUGCUAUUAGCCAAGCUGAUGAAUGAAGUCAUUUAAAUGCGUAUGUUUAAUAGUCAUUUUCAUUGCUUGUGUGAAUCUCAGUGGAUCAGUAAUGAGCCCUUCGUGGCAAACCGAGUACGUGCCCUUGCGUUUUCUGGCGUCGACCAUUGUGGGCCCUUCUUCUACAAAUCAUAAGUCCGCACCAGGUCUCCAUCAAGUGCUACGUAUGCGUGUUCAUCUGCUUUACAAGCAAAGCUGUGCACUUAGAGCUUGUCAAGGAUCUAACAACUGCAUUGUUUUUAAGUGCUUUGAAAAGAUUCAUGUCUUCACGUGGAAGGCCUAGUAGAAUUUGGUCGGACAAUGCUACCAACUUUGUAGGAGCUAAAAAUUAAAUGGCGGAUUUGAAGCGGCUGCUUAUUAGCUAUUCCUAUAUGCAGUCUGUUCAUCAAGCUUGCUUAGCGGAGGGAAUCUACUGGCAAUUUAUUCCCCCUCGCUUACCACACUUUAACGGAUUGUGGGAGGCAGCAGUCAAGACGACAAAAUACCAUUUCUACCGCUCUGUUGGUCGCCAAACGCUUAGUUUUGAUGAGCACUUUGGUUUGUCAGAUCGCGUCAAUCAUUAAUUCUCGCCCCUUGCUAUCAAUUUCAGAUGAUGAUCUCGAUGUUUUGACACCUGCCCACCUACUUUUUGGUAGCCCUCCUACUACUAUCAUUGAGUCCGAUCUAACCAAGCUCAAUCGGUUGGAUGGCUGGCAGCGUGUAACAUACCUGCAGCAACUAUUCUAGUCCCGAUGGCAGAAGGAGUACCUCAUUCUUUUGCAACAAGGCACCAAAUGGCGGUCUCCUGGACGAAGGCUAAAAGUCAACGACGUAGUUCUGAUAAAGGAUGAAACUCUACCUCCCAUGUGUUGGCCCUUAGCUAGGGUCAGCGCACUUAUUCCUGGACGAGAUGGCGUUUGCCGAGUUGCUGAUCUGAAGACGUCAACGGGUGACAUCAGGAGAGCUGUCAACAAGUUGAGUCUGCUGCACAUCAAUGAUGGGCCCAGCGGCAAAGAAUUUUGGAAUAAAAACCUAAUUUCAUUAAUAGCCCCAUUCGACCAGAGGUCUCAAAGGGUCGUAUUAGCUCGGGUCAAAAUAGGAGUUUCUAGCACAAUAUAAACAUUUCUUUAAUAUCAAUAUAUAAUAAAAUUUAAAACCUGACUUAACAA